AUGCCGCCUCCUCCUCCUCCCCGCGCGCCUUGUGCCCAAGGGCCGCCUCUGGCCCGACCCCUGCUGGCGGCCGGCGGGACUGCGGGUGCUGCGAGCGGCAAUGGCGCACUUCCGCCAGGAGGGGGCGGCCGAGAGCAGCGCUUUGCCGCUCCCUGCCCCUCUUCUCUGCUGAGCCCCCCAGCCCCCGGGGGUCCCCGACCCUUUUCAGCACAGUGGGGAGUGCAGACACUGCAGGGUGGGCGCAGCAAGAGCAGCAGCGAAAUGGCUGCGCCAGGAGUUCCAGAAUUGAGGGAGAUGGUGAGGAAGAAGGAAUCAUCAAGGUUGGUUAUUGGAAAACUUGAAGUUCUGCAGAUGGAAGUGAAAUCUAGGGAUCAAGCAGUACCAAAGCGAGAGUGCAGAAGGAAAAGGAAAACCAAAGGGAAGCAGAGGAAGAAAUUUGUUGGCUAUCAGACCAGAAAUCAACCUGAAAUCUCAGCCCAAGAAGAAAUACGGAAGAGAAAGAGAAGGACUAAGGGUGCCAUAAAAGACACAAGGUUCAGCUGGAAAACAUAUAACUGCCUUGAGUGUGGGAAAAGCUUCUAUUGUAAUAGUAAACUAACUCAACAUCAAAGGGUUCACACAGGGGAGAAGCCAUACAAAUGCCUGGAGUGUGGAAAGUGCUUCUCUUGCAAUGGCGGCCUAACUCAACAUCAAAGGGUUCACACAGGGGAGAAGCCAUACAAAUGCCUGGAGUGUAGAAAGUGCUUCUCUAGCAAUAGCGAGCUAACUUUACAUCAAAGGGUUCACACAGGGGAGAAGCCAUACAAAUGCCUGGACUGUGGAAAGUGCUUCUCUCAGAUUGCCCAUCUAACUCAACAUCAAAGGGUUCACACAGGGGAGAAGCCAUACAAAUGCCUGGAGUGUGGAAAGUGCUUCUCUCAGAGUACCCAUCUAACUCUACAUCAAAGGGUUCACACAGGGGAGAAGCCAUACAAAUGCCUGGAAUGUGGAAAGUGCUUCUCCUGCAGUGGCGACCUAACUAAACAUCAACAGGUUCACACAGGGGAGAAGCCAUACAAAUGCCUGGAGUGUGGAAAGUGCUUCUCUUGGAGUACCCAGGUAACUAAACAUCAAAGGGUUCACAUGGGGGAGAAGCCAUACAAAUGCCUGGAGUGUGGAAAGUGCUUCUUUUGCAAUAGCGAGCUAACUAAACAUCAAAGGGUUCACGCAGUGGAGAAGCCAUACAAAUGCCUGGAGUGCGGAAAGUGCUUCUCUUGCAAUAACCACCUAACUAAACAUCAAAGGGUUCACUCAGGGGAGAAGCAAUAUAAAUGCCUGGAGUGUGGAAAGUGCUUCUCUCAGAAUUACUACCUAACUGCACAUCAAAGGGUUCACACAGGGGAGAAGCCAUACAAAUGCCUGGAGUGUGGAAAGUGCUUCACUUGGAAUACCCAGCUAACUCAACAUCAAAGGGUUCACAUAGGGGAGCAGCCAUACAAAUGCCUGGAGUGUGGAAAGUGCUUCUCGUACAAUUGCAGCCUAACUGAACAUCAUAGGGUUCACACGGGGGAGAAGCCAUACAAAUGUCUGGAGUGUGGAAAGUGCUUCUCUCAGAAUGGCGACCUAACUAAACAUCAAAGGAUUCACACGGGGGAGAAGCCAUACAAAUGCCUGGAGUGUGGAAAGUGCUUCUCUCAGAAUGGCCACCUAACUGCACAUCAAAGGGUUCACACAGGGGAGAAGCCGUACAAAUGCCUGGAGUGUGGAAAGUGCUUCUCUCACAAUAACACACUAACUUUACAUCAAAGGGUUCACACAGGGGAGAAGCCAUACAAAUGCCUGGAGUGUGGAAAGUGCUUCUCUUGGAGUACCCAGGUAACUAAACAUCAGAAGGUUCACAGCAGCAAAGCCACAUAA